UAAAGUUUAAUUAAUUGAUAUCAUUUUGUUUUUAAUAAUAGUUAAUUUUUUUGUGAUACAAAAGUGCAAUAGUAUUUUAAUGUUCUUAUUUUUUUUCUGAUAAUGAGUUGUUUUGUGGCCAGGAUUAAAAUGGCCAUUUAUUGUCCAUUGAACUUUAUUCAAAUACUUCUCAUUUAUAAUCUGUUAAUGGUUUGCAAAGGGCAUGCCAACUCAGAAUCCAAUGAUACUGUUUAUGAAACUGAACAAUUUUCCCCAAGGAAUAUAGGGGGCUGGUUAUUUGAAAAGGGCCGACUCGGACCGACUUUAUGAAAUAUUUCUGAAGUACGCCACCGUCGAAAAAAAUGGAGAGCAACACAUCACAAGCGAGGACUUCGUGCGAAAGUUCCUGGGAUUGUUUACUGAAGAUGACUUCAACAAGGAAUCCGUCCAGCUCAUCGCCGGCAUCGUGGACAUGGACAAGGACGGGUAUAUAUCCUUCUCAGAGUUCCAAGCUUUCGAGGGCCUGCUGUGUGUCCCGGACGCACUGUACAAGACCGCCUUUCAACUGUUUGACACAAAUGGCAAUGGGCUCGUUGCUUUUGACGAGUUCGCGGAGGUCAUGCGUAAGACGGUCCUCCACAAGAAAUUACCAUUCAACAUGGAGAGUACUUUCGUGCGGCUCUACUUUGGCAAGGAUAAGAAGCGGUUGGUAACAUACCAGGAGUUCAGCCAGUUCCUCCACGACUUCCACGAGGAGUACGGUGUGGAGGCGUUCAAAAAGUGUGACAAGGAUGGCACCGGUUUUAUCAGUGCCGGCGACUUUAGGAAUAUUAUGUUGACUAUAAAGAGCCAUCUAUUGACUAAGGAUUUAAAACAAAAGGUUAUAAAUGCAUCUGGGUUCCCGCAAGGCGAGCGAAAAAUCAGUUUUCCAUACUAUAUGGCCUUUAAUUCAUUAUUAAAUAACAUGGAACUGAUUAAACGUGUGUAUCUGAACGCGACUAAUGGCCACAGAACGCAAGAAGUCACCAAGGAGGAAUUUCUACAUUCAGCCCAAAUGAUGAGUCAAAUCACACCGCUGGAGGUUGAAAUACUCUUCACCCUGUGCGACAUGAUUCAUCAUACGAACAAUCGAAUCAUAUACAAUGAUCUCAACUCGAUCACGCCCGAACAAUACUUCAAGCAGGUCACACGAAGAGUCGCCGAAAUCAGGGCGGUCUCGAGUCCAGAGGAGCGUAGUUUUCUUAUACAAAUAUUGGAGAAUACAUAUAGGUUUACCCUUGGUUCUGUUGCCGGUGCUGUGGGUGCAUCAGCCGUGUACCCCAUCGACUUAGUGAAAACAAGAAUGCAAAACCAACGCACCGGCUCCUUCGUCGGCGAGGUGGCGUACCGGAACUCUCUGGAUUGUUUCCGGAAGGUCAUCCGUCACGAAGGUUUAUUCGGCCUUUACAGAGGCCUUGUUCCUCAGCUGAUUGGAGUGGCUCCAGAAAAGGCUAUCAAACUUACGGUCAAUGACUUUGUCCGUGACAAAUUGAUGGACCAGAAGGGGAAUAUUCCGUUGUACGCCGAAAUACUUGCUGGCGGGUGUGCGGGUGCUUCCCAAGUAGUAUUCACGAAUCCCCUGGAGAUAGUGAAGAUCCGUCUCCAAGUGGCUGGCGAGAUCGCGAGCGGCAGCAAGGUCCGCGCGUGGAACGUCGUCAAGGACCUCGGCCUCUUCGGACUGUACAAGGGCGCGAAGGCCUGCCUCCUGAGAGACGUCCCCUUCAGUGCCAUAUACUUCCCGGCUUAUGCUCAUGUUAAGGCAAAGUUUGCAGACGAAAAUGGUUACAACCAUCCACUGACGUUAUUAGCGGCCGGUGCCAUCGCCGGUAUCCCCGCCGCGUCGCUCGUCACCCCCGCUGACGUCAUCAAGACGCGACUACAGGUGGUAGCGCGGUCAGGUCAAACGACCUACAAUGGCGUAUUCGACGCUGCUAGGAAAAUUUACGCGGAAGAAGGCGCCAGAGCCUUCUGGAAGGGCGCGUUAGCGCGCGUGUUCCGCUCCUCGCCUCAGUUCGGCGUAACGUUGGUCACGUAUGAAAUUUUACAGCGUUUGUUCUACGUCGACUUUGGUGGAUCCCGGCCCACGGGCUCAGAGUUGCACGUGGCGACCUCUAUCGAAGAAACGAAGAAGAAACCAGACCACAUAGGCGGGUACGAAGUGGCCAUGCCAGUCCUCACCGGUUUGGAAACCAAAUUUGGCAUCUCUCUACCAAGAUUUUCAACGGCGAGAUCGCAGUAACUUAUUAUUCAUAAAAAUUAAUAAACUUCUAAUGAUUUUUGUGUUUUGUCUCUUUCUUGCAAAUGAAGUAUUAGACUUAAAAGAAAGAGACGGAACAUUUGUAUAGUAAAGAAGUUUAUUGGACGUUUGCCUUUUUAUGAAUAAUAUUAUUAGACUAAUUUCUACAGAAAUAUUAAAAGGAGGUAAUUUUGAUUGUUCAAUAAAAAAAUAAAAAUAUCUAAGAAAUUACACUAUACUCUAGUUUUUUGGCAUAUUUAAUAAAUUGACACUUUUAUUAUAAAAACUCAUAUCUGAAUAAAUAACAAAACUAGUAAAAAUAACAAACUAUCAAUAUAGUUUAUUUUGAGUUAUAAAAAUCUAUUUAGUAAACCAAUUUAGCAUUUUUUUUUAUUAAACAACUUUGUUAAAUAUGUCAAAUAAAUUACUAGAGAAUCAUGCAAGUAAGUACAAGCCAUGUGUCUCCAAAUGGUGUCUUAAUCGUUUUGAACAAUUCCCAGAAUUAUUGAAAUAUUUUUUUUUAUAUCCUCUUUUAUUAUAAUUUUAUAAUUAUUACUAAUUAUCUGAGCAAUAAAACUCUUGCGACAUUCUAAAUUCGGAGUGCUUUGAGCGAUUUAUUUCUGAUACAACAGAAAUUGUGGAUCAUUGGAUUAACAAUGACGUGUAGUUUAUAAGUGAUAUUUUUAUACACUGCCGCUUAGUUGUUUAACUGCAAUUCGAUACCUUUACGAUGGUACGAUUCAAGUAUCAAACUUGUGUUGCCUCAUAAUCGGUGAAUAUCGAUUAAGCCUUCUGACUGCGUUUUUUUUUUCACAACAAUAAAAUUACAUCGCUUUAACAACCAAUAGUAUUAUAGCCAUCUAGCGAGAUUUUGAUAAAUAAUAUCAAUCUACAAAAAAAAAAAAAUCGCGAGUCGUCAAUAAACAUAAAAAAGCGAGCAUGUCGAAAUCGCGGAAUGUCUAAAAUUAAACUAGUAAAUGCUACACGCGGAAAUCGCAGGAUGCCCGUACAGAGGGUUAGUCGAACUAUCGCUUGGAUUGAAGCAACAAAUGAAUUAAAUUGUCGAUUAAUCGGUAACAGUACCAACAUUUAUUAAUAUAUAAGUAUCAAUAAAAGUACACGAUAGUACUAUUGAUUUUAUUUUAUUGUUUAUAUUUUCCAAUAUUAUUUUGAAGCAAUUAUCGAUAUAAUCGGUACAAACGAUGGUUCUGUAUCGAAAAUAAACGAUUAUUCGAUUGUAUUCAGUUAAAUUGUUUAAAACUUUAUAUUGAUAAGACAAAAAAUGUUGAUGAUUGAAUUAUAUUCCAUUUAAUUAUUUUGAAAUUAAAUUUUUUUUAAUAAUAUAAUUAUUAUUGUUACGAUUAAAUACACAGUAUCGAUAUAAUUUAUACCGAUACAAUCGAUAGGGCAAACUGUAACUAUCGAUUUAUUAGGCAACACUGUUUAAAACCAUAUGUGAAAAUGGACAAAGGUGUAUGUGAUAUGUAUUGUAACGAAUUAUGUGUUCCGUUACAGUAUUAAUGUAUGAGUGAUUCUUUGUGUGGUUUGUUACUAUAGUGAAAUUGGGUAGGUUCGUAGGUUUAGGAAUGGACUUGAAAGACUAAAACUUGAAAUGCGUAUGACUUAGAACUUAGACUUGAAGAGACCAAAGUCGUAGGAUCCUCUCUGCUGAUGACCUUAAAUGUUGAACGAUCACACCUAACUUAUACAGGGUUGUCAUAAAGGAUAUACUAAGCAACCGAAACCCAGCUAGUGUUAAUGAAACUGAACGUUCUCCUCAAAAAUAAUAGUGUGAAAAUAGUAUUUCAUAUUUUUGACCUCUCAUACUAAACCGAUUAUGCAACAAAGUGACUUGUAUGAAAAUUCCAAAAAUUACAUGGGAAAGUUGAAUUUUUUGAAAUGAAUACUAUCACGGGCUUUAGCCUUGGUAUACCUUUUACAUCUAACCCUGUAUGUAUAAAUACUAACUUAUUGACAUUCUAUAAUUGAAUAUUGUACGCUGGCCCUUAAACAUUGUACCUACUUUAAAAUUAUUAAUAGACUGAUUUAAAAGUAAUUAUCAAGACUCCUGAAUUCAUAAAAUAUUGCUCUUUCGUAAUACCACUUGAAUCAUGAUAAAAAACUAAAAUUGAAAAGUGAACUGGAUCAUAAUACAUCUAGAUGGAGCAUCGUGUCGAAACACAUUCCAAAAAUAAACGGUCAGUCAACCGUAGGUUGACGCGGCGUUUUUCAUACCGAAUGUUCACCUAAAAUUUUAAGACUUAAUAUGAUGUAACAUAGCGAUGUUGCAAUCAUUAGCAUUCUUUGAAGAUAGUGCUCUACCAGUGAAACGGUUUUUUUUUCCAAUAUAGAUGUAAAAGCGACAAAGUAAUUACCUCCCAUAAUAAGAAGGGGGCUUUAAAAUUUUUUUUGUAGUUUUUUCAUCCAUAUGAUAUAUUUUUUUGAGAAAAUUAUUUAUGGUAUGAGAAAAUAUAAUAAAUAAAUAAAUGCUAAUAAUUUCGAUUUGACCCUGUGUAAUUAUAAAUAUUAGUAAAUAAAAUCACAGUUUGUAUAAUAAGAGUCCACAAUUCAGAAUAUACAUAUAAUAUUUCUUUUUGGACCAUAAGAUUAAUGCAAUCUUUCAAACAUUAGUUAAAAAGCUCGCAACUUUUAAUUAAAAGUUAGGCGCUUUUUGUCUAAGCGUUUUUCACGAGACGCUCUAUCUAGAUGUUAUUGAUCUACAAUUGUCUAAGCGGAGUAUAGCUAAAUAAUAACUAUUGUUAGUCAUUAUGUGUAUU